AUGCUGAAAACGCACCCUCACGCCGCGACGCGCCUGUCCUGCGCCCGCAUGCCUGCCGGGCCCCCAGGCGCCUACACAGCACCGGACCGCCCUGGCACAGAGGGCAAGCAGGUGCCACUGCUCAAGACCCUGUCCCACCCGGACUACAACUUUGCGCUCAACGAUUACGACCUCGCCCUCGUAUUCCUCAAAACCUGCGCCGCGAGUGUGGCGCCCGCCGCCAGGCCCGUGCAGCUGGCCACCCGAGACGACCUGGCUGCAUAUGGGAGCGGCUCCACCUGGCUUUUCUCUGGUUGGGGCUCGACCUCUAGCGGGGCCGACAACGUGGGCAUCGGCGGCGCAUCUGCGACUGUGCUGCAGUACGGCCUGGGCAAGUACGUCAGCCCUGGGGCCUGCCAGGCGCGGUACGCGCCGGAGCCCAUCAACGGUUCCACCAUGAUCUGUGCGCAAGGGCUGGCCGCAGUCAAUGGAGCGGUACCCAACCAGGACACCUGCCUCGGCGACAGCGGCGGCCCGCUAACCUUCAACGUGGGCAGCCCAGCGGACCCCCUGGCCGGUGACCCCUCAAACGACCGCCUCGUUGGGAUCACAUCAUUUGGGCCUGCAGGGUGCGGCCAGGAAGCAUCACCAGGGGUGUACACCAGCAUUCCCUACUGGCACGACUGGAUCACCGCGCAGGUGGACACGGUCAAGAAGCCCUGCGGCCCCAGCCCGACGCUCGCGUUUGUCCAGGAGUCGAGCUCGGCCAGCUGGUAUGCCAAGCCCUCCAGGUCCGCCAAACUCAAGGCCGGCCAGGGCCUGCCGGAAUGCCAGGCACUCUGCAACAAGUAUGCCGCGGGCAGCAAGGGCUGCGCGGCGCUGGGCAUGAGCGUCAACGUGGGGAAGAAAUCAAACACGACGUACUGCGACGUCUACUACAAAUGGGUGCCCCAGCGGCUGUGCGCCGCCGCCGCGGACGCAAAGAAAUUCAAGUGUGGCAGGCCGUCGCUCGGGUCUUGGAGGAGCAGAUGGGUCUACACGUGA